CGAUCCAACUGGAAAAGGGAUUUAUUAAAUUAAAAUCUGCCUAAAGGAAAGUGUAUCGGCGCGCCGAAGCAGGAAAACGCUGGAGGUUGAUUAUGGGGACUCGAGAGGUGUACGAAGAGAAGCUUCGAAGAGGGAAUCUGCACCACGAUCCGACCAUUAAACCCGGACUCGGCUCCGCCCGCUGCCCCCGCUGUCUUUCUCUCUUAAAUCCCACGAAGGAAAAUUCGGAAUGGAAGAUCACACCGGUUCUACACGAUGCCACUGCGGUGGUACAUACAUGUGAAUAUGCUGGCUCUGGAAUUGGUGGAAUGCUUAGUGCAGUUCAUGGUUUCAAUACAGGAAUUCCCUACGUCCAAAAGCACGUGAAGGGGCCAAAGUGGCUUCCAUUUGUUAUUGGGCUUCCUCCCCUACUAAUGUUUUCCGCUGCUAGUGCUGCUUUUGGAGGUUAUGCACUUCCUGAGUUCACUCAAGUCACUGUGACAUCCUACUAUGCUGCUUCAAGUGCAUCUCAUUAUGGUAUUUCAUUGCUCACUAGACACAUAGAAGAGGACCAUGUUUCCAGAAUUCAACAUAAGGAGCUUAGAUGAUUAGUUGCAGGUGCCAAAUAUACUUGUUUCUUACAUCACUUCUUCCAGUAUUGUAAUCAACUUUACCUAUAACUAGAACUAAUUUGUAAAUCUAGAGAUGUGUGUUUUUCUUUCCUUGUUCUUUGAGAAGUUAUAUGUAAUCCUUGAAUACUUUACAGUUGGCCAUAAAGGUGCAUGGAUUCUUUUUAUC